AUGGCUUCUGAGUGGAUCAUCAUCAUCCGGGGCAGCUUCAAGGUGCACACCGGCGGCUCGGGCCCUUGGGCCGAUUCGACGGGAUGCGGCCCAUGUGUUCUUGCACCAGGUUCGGAGCGACCUGGAUACGAUAUCUUCCCGUCGUUCCUCUCUGUUCUUGAAAGCGGAGAACAAACUACAGCGAAAGGUUUGGGGAUACACUGCGCAGCGGGUUUUCGCGCAGCUUGCCGGGGUGCUUGGUGUCGCCAGCGCGGAGGCCCUGGAGGAGGUGGUGCGGACGUACGACACGCACGACGUGUCUUUGGGAUUUCAGCUCCAGAUUCUAGGAGUGGAACACCAGACGUGCGGAAGUCCUGUUCUCGGCGACCCAGACGAUUCUGUCGCCGGUCACUUCGCACUGCAGGACGCGGUGAAGGAUUUUUUAGAUCCGCGAUUCGCGGCAGCCGAGGACGACGAGUCAACAAUAGGAGGUUUUACAUCUACUUCCACUAG